CUCACCCAUCUUCCGUCGGAUUGCCUUGCGCGACUCGGCAGAACCAUGUCCGUGUCCCAGUUCUACAUCCUGAGCAACCGUGGGGACGCCAUCAUCUCGUCCGACUUCCGCGGCGACGUGCCAAGCGACAGCGCCGAGACGUUCUUCCGUAAGGUCAAGUUUUGGGACAAAGGGGAUGCGCCUCCGACGUUCAACAUCGACGGCGUCAGCUAUUUGUACGUCAAGAAGAACGGGCUGUAUUUUGUAGCGACGACGCGGUACAACUUGUCGCCGGCGUAUAUCCUCGAGCUGUUGUCUCGUCUAUGCCGCGUGUUCAAGGACUAUUGCGGCGUGCUGUCGGAGGAAACGCUGCGAAAGAAUUUCGUCUUGUGCUACGAGCUGCUUGACGAAACGAUGGACUUUGGGUAUGCCCAAGACACGUCGACGGAAGGUUUGAAGGCACACGUGCACAACGAACCGAUCUUGGUCGGCGAAGCGCUGCAGGCAAAGGAACGCAACUUUUCAUCCGUGAUGAGCCGCCAGACCAACAUCAAGGCGGCCAACGCUGUGCGGAAACCUGUUGCGAACGGCCAGCAAACGUCCAAGAAGGCCGAAAACGAGCUCUUUUGCGAUAUUCUCGAGCGUCUCAAUGUUGUGUUUUCUCCAAACGGCCAAAUGCUCAACUCGAGCAUCGAGGGCAAGAUCCAGAUGAAGUCGUAUCUUCAAGGCAACCCAGAGCUCCGCCUCGCGCUCAAUGAGGACCUGCUCAUCGGCGCCCACAAUACCCGCGGCGGCAACACGUACGGCCACGUCGUGCUGGACGAUUGCAACUUCCACGAGUGCGUCCAGCUGGACGAAUUCGAGCGCGAUCGCGUACUGACGUUCACGCCUCCGGACGGCGAGUUCACGGUCAUGAAUUAUCGCCUGACGGGUGAAUUCCGUGCACCAUUCAAGAUCUUUCCGUACGUGGAGGAAUCGAGCCCGACCAAGGUCGAAGUCGUCCUCAAGAUCCGCGCCGAUAUGCCCGAUACCAACUACGGCGCGAACGUGAUCAUCCGGUUCCCCGUUCCCGCGUCGACGCAAAGCGUGACCACCGACUUGGGCAACAACGGGGCCGGGCAGCUGGCCGAGUACCGCGAAAACGAAAACCAGGUUCGAUGGGCGAUUAAGCGAUUCAACGGCGGGGCCGAGUUCACGCUGCGUGCCAAGAUCACGCUCAAGGAGCCGAACCCGCACGUCCGCCGCGAAAUCGGCCCGAUCUCGAUGAACUUUGAGAUCCCCAUGUACAACGUGUCGACGUUGCAAGUGCGAUACCUGCGCAUCCCAGAACACGCGCGCCAUCCCAACUACGUGUACAAGCGCUGGCUCCGCUACGUCACGCAGUCCAACUCGUACGUAUGUCGUGUUUAGUUCUUUACCACGGGUAAGAGAGCACCAUUGUGGGUUGGAGA